AUGAAAGUGGGCCGUGUGGCCAUCAUCACCCGUGGCCGUUACGCCGGUAAGAAGGUCGUCAUUGUCCAGCCUAGCGACACUGGCUCCAAGGCGCACCCCUUCGCCUAUGCCGUCGUUGCCGGUAUCGAGCGUUACCCCCUGAAGGUCACCCGCCGCAUGGGUAAGAAGACCGUCGAGAAGCGCAGCCGCAUCAAGCCCUUCAUCAAGGUUGUCAACUACAACCACUUGAUGCCCACCCGUUACACCCUCGAGCUCGAGGGUCUCAAGGGCUCCGUCACCAACGACACCUUCAAGGAGGUCUCCCAGCGUGAGGACGCCAAGAAGACCGUCAAGAAGGCCCUUGAGGACCGCUACACCAGCGGCAAGAACCGUUGGUUCUUCACUCCUCUUCGUUUCUAA